AUGCGUCUGCGUCUGCGUCUGCGUCUGCGUCUGCGUCUGCGUCUGCCUGUCAUCAUGGGCCUUUCCAUCCUAAACUCAGAGAUCUCCACCCUCUACGUGCUCAACACGCUCAACAAAAGCAGAACCGUGGGUGACGUGGGUGACGGGGCUGACGGGGCUGACAGGCGGAUGGUGUUGAAGAACAGUGGCCUGUCUCUCUUUCUCUCUUUCUUCUCUACAGUUGCUCUGAAGAACCACAAUCGCAAAGGUCUGACAGGCAACAGCAGUAACCAUGACAACAACAAGCCAACAGGUCUUACGGAUGGCUGGAUACCAGAGGGCGAAUUACUACUCCAGGCUCUCAAUGGGUUUGUCUUGGUCACCACAUCGGAGGGCAUCAUAUUCUAUUCCUCACACACCAUCCAGGACUACCUGGGCUUCAAUCAGACGGACGUCAUGCACCAGAGUGUGUUUGAGCUCAUCCACACUGAGGACCAGCAGGAGUUCAGGAGGAACCUGCACUGGGCCCUCAACCCCCCCACCUCCGCCCAGCCAGAGGACUCUCCACCCGAUGGGGAACCGGUCAGCAACAUGUCUCUGGUCACCUACAACCCGGACCAGCUGCCCCCGGAGAACUCCUCCUUCCUGGAGAGAAACUUUGUGUGUCGCUUCCGUUGUCUCCUAGACAACUCCUCAGGCUUUCUGGCGCUGAGCCUGCAGGGCCGUCUGAAGUUCCUCCACGGGCAGAACCAUCACCUGGACGACGGUUGCCAGGUGCCCCCUCAGCUGGCGCUGUUCUCCAUAGCAACGCCCCUCCAGCCGCCCUCCAUCAUGGAGAUCCGCACCAAGAACAUGAUCUUCAGGACCAAGCACAAGCUUGACUUCACGCCCAUGGCCUGCGACGCAAAGGGGAAGAUUGUGCUGGGCUACACUGAGGCGGAGCUGAGGGUCCGGGGUUCUGGUUACCAGUUCAUCCACGCCGCUGACAUGCUGUACUGCGCUGAAAACCACGUCCGCAUGAUUAAGACGGGGGAGAGUGGGCUGACGGUGUUUAGGCUGCUCACCAAGGACAACCGCUGGAAGUGGGUGCAGGCCAACGCCAGGCUCGUCUACAAGAACGGCAAGCCAGACUACAUUAUCGCCACCCAGAGGCCUCUGGUUAAUGAAGAGGGCGGGGAGCACCUGAGGAAGCGCUCGAUGCACCUGCCCUUCACCUUCGCCACGGGCGAGGCCCUGCUCUACCAGACCAGCUGCCCCAUCCCCGGCUUCCCCGACGGCGCCCAGGGCAAGGGCAAGAACAGCAAGGCCAAGAAGGCCAAGGCUGACAGGAGCUCCAAGGACGAGCUGGACCCCAACUCCCUGCUGGGGGCGCUCAUGAGGCAGGACGAGUCGGUGUACGUGUGCCAGCCUGCCAUGGAGUCAAAGAGCUUCUUCGCCGAGCAGGGCGAGGGCAGCGGCGGUGGCGGGUUCGGCUCGGUGCCCGGGGAGUCCUGGAGCGUCGGCGUGCCCAACGGUUUCACGGUCGGCGGUGGCGGCGGUGGCGGCGGCGGUGGCGGCGGUCCCAAGGGGGGCGAGUUGUCGAGCUUCGACCCGCUGCUGGCCACGCUGGACUCGCUGUCGCUGGAGAGCGAGGAGAACUGCCCCAGCAGCGAGCUGUUCAGCGCGCUGGAGAACCUGGGCCUCAACGCCGAGGACCUGGAGCUGCUGCUGCUGGACGAGCGCAUGAUCCGCGUGGAGAUGGAGCCCGACUACAUCCCCUCCCUCAACGACCUGCUCACCAACAACGAGAUCCUCUCCUACAUCCACGACUCGCUGGAGAGCCGCACUGAAGUGGACGUCGUCGCCAGCGGCAGCAGCAGCAGCAGCAGCAUCAGUGGCAACAGCAUCAGUGGCAACAGCAGCUCGCUCAUGGAGGCACCCCCCUCCACAGAGACCCCCCCGAACCUCACCCGUGCCCCCGCGACCUUCACCCAGUCCCAGUCGUACACCCCCAUGCCCGAACCAUGCCCCGUGCCCCCCCUUCAGACCCCCGCCCUCCCAGCCACGUACCACCAUUUCCGGCAGCAGAAGGUCACAGCGCCCCCUAUUGUCCAGCUCUCCCAGCAGAUGCACCAGCAUCUCAGCACCCAGACUGGGCCCCCUGCCUGGGCCCAGGGCUCCCCUGCGGACACCCCCGUGCCCAGGAGACCCCUCACCCUGCACGACUCCCACAUGCACCCGUUGGCGACGGCGGUCCCCAAUGGCCACUGGGUUUCCCAGCGCACGCCCGCGGGCCUGGACGACCGCGCCCGCCUCCAGCAGCCCGCACUGGGCAAGGCCCCGGAGACGACAGCCAUGACGACAGGCAUCCACCCCGACCCCAUGGCACAGGAGGCCUGGCAGAGCCAGCUCCUGGCACAGCUGCAGGCCCAGUGCCACUUCAAGCCGCGGUUAGAGGAUGGCACUGCCCCCACCUCCUCCUCCAUCAAUGGGCUCUACCCGCCGUCGGAUCCCCAAUGGCAGGGCUACAACUGUGCCAGCCAGGUGGAGCUCGUCUCGAACGGACUUUGCUUCCCCAACGGGCGCGCCGCCCACACACAGACUGCCAGGGGGGUGGAGGCUCACAUGGAGUACAGUAUGGCGGAGGGUGCGGACGGGCAGUACCACCUGAACAGCGGCGUUGUGGGGGGCACGGGGCAGUGCCAUGCGAUGAUGCUGCCAGCUCUGGCGUCGGCCUAUCAGACGGGAGGUCAGAAACAGGAGAUCCAGCAAGCCCCCCCUCAGCAGCCAAAGCCCCCCUCCAGUACCUGCUUCCCACAGUACCAGGCCCAGACCCCGUCCCUGGAGCACCUCCUGGGCCUCAGCCAGACCCAACACCUGCCCCACCUGGACGGCUACGGCGUCAUCAGCUCCGGCAUGGCCCAGGACCCCUCGCGAUGCUCCAAGAUGGAGAGGGCCUGCAUCCUGAACAGCACUAGUGUGGCCUACACGAGCGGUUGCCUGGUUACCAACGGGAGCACGGUUGCCCCCGGCGACAGUCCGCACCCCUGCCCCGAGACUCUCCCCAACCUCCCCGACCCACAAUCCACCAGGUUCUACCUCUGAGACUGUACGGACCAGCUUCACCAUCGCAUCGUCAUGCCAACAGGGUCUGCCAUCUGCAAAACGAAAGAGAAGAACAA